AUGAUGAACAGAAACUGUGAUUAUAGCAAGUGGUGUGACUUUCACAAGGACCAUGGACAUACCUUAGAUGAGUGUACACACUUGAAAGACAACAUAGAGGACUUAGUCCGAAGAGGGUACUUGAACCAGUUCAGGCAUCAUCUUGUCUCAUCCUGGCAGAGGGAAGAAGACAGGUCUGGUCACGACCGUAGAGGAAGUUAUAAAGGCCCAACUGAGGGCAAAGAUCGAGAUAGUAAGCCAGAGAACAGGGUGUAUGUAAUUAAUGGUGGACUGCCACGAGCCACAUUUGAAGGGUACGACCAGAAAGGCAUAAUUUACCCGCAUAACAACCCUCUGGUAGUUACAGUGAGUAUUACGAAUUGGGAAGUGGAUAGAGUAUUAAUCGAUAGUGGCAGCUCAUCCAACAUCAUAUACAUCAGCGCGUUUAAAGAGAUGCAGCUAGAUAAGAGAGACUUGAAAAGGGUGAGCUAUGAAGUCACCGGGUUCAAUGGAUCAGGAUUGGUCCCUGAGGGCAUAAUAGAGCUGUCAGUUCGUGUCGGAGAGAGAUCAAGGCAGUGUGAUGUCCAAGCUGAAUUUCUAGUAAUAGACUCCCCAUCACUCUACAAUGUAAUUGUGGGAAGGCCACUCAUCCAUAAAAUAGGUGGGGUGGUCUCCAUUUACCAAUUUGCCAUGAUGUACACAACCAAUGAUGAAAGAUCCGCAAAGCUUAGUUGA